AGGACAUGGGUUCCUCACGAGUCACGAGCAAACAGAGCCGUAGGCACUUCGCAGAGCCGGAGUUGAAGCCUAAUCACGGUGGUGCUCGCCGGAAAAAGAAAACAAUAAUUAUAGAUGAGACCUCCGUCUCUACCUCACUCUUAAAAUUAUAUGAUUCUCCAGAAUCGACAUAAUGAGAGGAAAAGGAAAUCAGAAUCAGGACGAGGAAGAGUACGAGGAGGAGGACUAUAAUUCCAGAAAAGAAGGACCCUGUUCGAAUGUUACUAUUAACAACAGCAAUAGAAAUAAUAACACCAAUAAAGAUGGGAAAAAUAUUGAUAAGGCUAAUGCCAUAAGAUCGAAGCAUUCAGUCACUGAGCAGCGAAGAAGGAGCAAGAUCAAUGAGAGAUUUCAGAUAUUGAGAGAUCUUAUACCUCAUAGUGAUCAAAAGAGAGAUACAGCAUCUUUUCUAUUAGAGGUGAUUGAAUAUGUGCAGUACUUGCAGGAAAAGGUGCAAAAGUAUGAGGGUUCAUACCAGGGAUGGAGUUCUGAGCCCACAAAGUUGAUGCCAUGGAGAAAUAGUCACUGGCGCGUUCAAAGUUUCAUCAGUCACCCACAAGCUAUAAAAAAUGGUUCUGCUCCGGGGCCAACAUUUCCUGGGAAAUUUGAUGAGAAUAACAUUGCCGUCACCCCAACCUUACUUGUAGGCACACAGAGUCAAGUAGAACCUGAACCUAGCAGAGAUGUUGCUUGCAAAGCAGUAGAGAGGCAGGCAACAAUACCUAUUCAUGUUCAAAGUGAUGAUCUUGUUGCACAUCCUCUUCAGCAACAUGUUUCUGAUGCACAGUUAGCUGAGUUUCCUGUCACAAAUGAGACAAUGGACCAGCAGGAGGAGCUGACAAUUGAAGGGGGAACGAUUAGCAUCUCCAGUGUUUAUUCUCAGGGGUUGUUGAACAAUCUUACACAAGCACUUCAGAGUGCUGGUGUUGAUUUGUCACAGGCCAAUAUCUCGGUGCAGAUUGAUCUUGGAAAGAGCGCAAAUCGAGGGCCGACAUCUAGAACAUCUGCCGCCAAGUCUUUUCAGGAUCCUCAGAAUCACCCCUCUAGUGAUCAACUGAUGACACAUCUGAGGGAUGUGGGGAGAGGAGAGGACUCAGAUCAGGCUCAAAAACGGCUGAAGACAUAGAACUAGUACAGUAUGGCUUUUGGGAUCUCUGCACAUUAACGGUGUCCCUCUCCUUUUAUCCACUAGUUCUUCUGGAUUUCUUCCCUGGUUGUACAUGCUAUGCCUUUUUGUUUCAUGGACUCUUAGCAGUGUAUUUCUUAGAGAUUCAUGUUAAGAGCCGUAAAAUUAGAUGAUAUGUUUGCUCUGGAAUUUCCCUGGAGUUGUCUGAUCAGGGGAUGCCAAUGAUUGUAUCAUACACAUAUUAUAUAUAAUAUGAAAAUGGAGCCUUUCUGGGACA